AUGUCUUCUCACACAACAAACACAGGUGAUGCGCAACCCUGGUGGUCGCCAAGCGAGCUGCUCGACCUGCUCUCGACAAUGACGCCGGACAGCACAGCACUGCCUCCGGUGGCUAGUAGCAGCAAAUUUCCGGUGUCUCAUGCCGAGAGCAGCAUGCAAGCAGUCGCUCCGUCCGAUUCGUCCAGCCAGCACACCCCUGCAGCGGACAGCGACAGUCUCUCUCAACACUGGCACCCGUGCACGGAAGGCGAAACGAUCGGUAGCUGCCUUGAAGCACUCGAGUUCCCAGUAUCCUACCGCGAUCUAGUGUAUCGAUGGGAAGAAGCUGGCUCGCCCACCUUGCUUUCGUUGCGCGUUCCGCUUGGCGUCCGCCUGCAGCUCAGCGCGGCGGACAAGGCAAACAGUAACAGCUCUCUGGACUUGCACACCAUCACCGAAAUGCAGGAGCGUGCUGUUAUUGCCGCACUCGAGGAUUGCCUUCGCAGCGGGUCCCUCGCAGCGCAGAGCCAGGUGUUUGUCAACUUUGCCUCCUACCUGGACAUCUACGCAUCGGUUCAUGCCGAGUUGCUGGCCUUGCAUGAGGCGUGGAAUCUGGAACAGCAGGCGAGCGCAUAUCAGAGCACAUGGCGGAGUCUUUUGGCUGCAUUUGACCGCGACCGUUCCAAGUGCUCUGUGCGCGAGUCGCACGACUGUCUGCACCAGCUGCUGUGGGGACAAGUAUCCGCUUGGCCUCUUGCCGAGAUUAAGCGCUGCUUCAAGGCAUACAAGAUGCGCUCUCCGUCGACAAAGUCUCGAUCAGCCAUUUCGAUGCCCGCGUCUCCUUUGUUUGGUAGGCAUCGUCGUGGCGCUUCCGCUCAGGCUUGGCAGGCUGGUGUCGACACACCGCAGACGCCAUACCUCUCGAGCAACAGCAGUAGUAGCAGUAGCUGCGGCAGUAGCGGUGCCAGCUUCAGAGCCCUCGGGUUGUCCCCAGCCGUUGACGAGUCUGCAUCGACGCUAGGCUCGCCACCCGUCACAUAUCCUGCAAGCACUUCGUAUGACGCUGUCUCGCCGCGUGCCAUGCUGCAAAAUACCAAGCAAUGGCCCGAGUCAAGUACACUGCUACAAGCCCUUCAAAGCAUGCCAGCUGAGCUUGAUGCUUUUACUGGCUCGCACCAGGCCAUCAAGCGUCGACACUCUCGUUCUUCAAGCUAUCCCACGCCGCCUAUGCAGUUGUCGCAACUGUACUCUGGUCUCACCACUUCGCAGUCGGAGGGUAUGCUCGACGCCGCCGCCCUCGGAUCGCCCCCGAGCAGAAAUGCCUUUGCGCUUGACACUCAGUAUACCCGCAGCCUCCAGGGUGUUCAAGACCAGGACCAGUGGCAGGUUGAGCCCACAGCCAUGUGGAUGCAGCACCAUCAGCUGCUGCUGCAGGAAGCGGCGGUGCAGCUCGAUAUGGCCGCGCAACUGCUCAGCGCAAAGGCAUCGAGAUUGCGCUCCUGCUCUGCACAGCAAGACCAGUGGCAUUCGCCUCAGGGAGACGGCUUUUCUCGUCCCUCGAUGCGCCGCCAUCAUACGACCGAUUCCACGCUGCAGUAG